AUGGGUACUAUACUACAACAGUCGGUGUUAAAAGGCCGACAGAGAAGCAGCCCGGGUAGAGAGAAGGAUACGCUUCAUAAAUUAUUCAACCAGGCAGCGUUAAACUAUUCUAGUCAGCUGGCGAUCCGUUACGAAGAUGAUAAUGGACAACGAUACGCGAUGUCCUACGGAGAGUUACACGAGUUGACUAACAAAUUAGCCAGGGCGUUAAAAAAAUUUGAGAAACCGGAGGGCUCGUCGAAAUGGCUCGUGGGAGUGUGCAUGAAACCGUCCCACCGAUUGCCCAUCGUCUUGAUCGCCAUAGAAAAGGCAGGCAUGGCGUAUUUACCUUUGGACACGGAGUUUCCCAUGACCAGGAUGAAACACAUUCUGCAAGAGGCUCAACCGUUCGCGAUCGUGAUUGAGGAAACCGCGGAUCCGGCGAUUUACGAGGGCACGAGCACGUUGACUUACAACCAAUUAUCGAAGCUGUCCGAAGGCGAGGCGAAGGAGGAUUUAAAGAUCGAGGAGGAUCCCGAGAAGAUCGCCAUCGUCUUGUACACUUCCGGGAGUACAGGCAUUCCUAAAGGAGUACUCUUGCCACACGCGACCGUGUUAAACAGACUACAGUGGCAAUGGGAAGAGCUGCCUUAUGCAGAGGACGAAGAGCACUGCGUGUUCAAAACGUCUCUGACGUUCGUGGACAGCGUCUCUGAGAUUUGGGGCCCGCUGCUGCGAGGUCGCACCUUGAUAGUCGUUCCUAAAGACGUUACCAGAGACCCGGAAAGGUUUGUCGCGCUAUUGGAGAAAUACAAGAUUCAACGACUGGUGCUGGUCCCGUCGCUUUUACAAUCUAUACUCAUGUACCUGAGCCUGCGGAGCAAGGACAGCGCGCUGAGCUCGCUCAGACUUUGGAUAUGCUCCGGUGAAACGUUACCGGUCUCAUUGGCUGAACAGUUCUUCGUCACGUUCGACAACGGCGAGAAAAUUCUGGCCAACUUUUACGGAAGCACGGAGAUCAUGGGCGACGUCGCCUAUUAUCUGUUGAACGACCGCAGGCAGCUGCAGUCGGCGGAGAAAGUGCCCAUAGGAAAGCCGCUAGACAAUUGCAUUAUUUAUAUCGUGAACAAAGAAAUGCGACUGGUUCCGCAAGGGGAAGUGGGCGAGCUGAUAGUAGCCGGAAGGAACCUCGCCACGGGUUACAUUCGCGACGUCGAUUCCCGGAAAUUCCACGACAACCCCUUCGCCAUCGAUCCAGAAUACUCGAGGAUUUAUUGCACCGGUGACUACGCUAGAAUAUCAAAGGACGUGAUCGUAUACGAGGGUCGGUUGGAUUCGCAAAUCAAAGUCAGGGGACACCGCGUGGAUCUCACAGAAGUAGAGAAAGCGGUUGCCAAGGCACCUGGCGUCGACAAGGCCGUCGUGCUAUGCCACAGACCCGGCGAGCUGUCGCAGACACUCAUAGCUUUUGUAACCGUGGCGAGCGAUUCGUCCACCUGCGCGUUGAAAAUCGAGACUUUCCUACAGGCCACGUUGCCCGUCUAUAUGUUGCCGCGAGUCGUUAUGUUGGAAACUAUACCGCUGUUGACCAACGGAAAAACCGAUCGUCAAGCAUUAUUGAAGUACUACGAAGCUUUGAACGCAAACAACGACGAUGAAGAACGAUGUUUGAACUGUGAGUAUAGUGGAGUACCUGAAAAGGAUAUGGAAAAAGCAAAAGUACUGUUUCCUACGGUGGCCUCCGUGAUCGGAGAAGGCAACGCGGUCGUAAGGCUAGAAUCGAAUUUCUACGAGUUGGGUGGCAACUCGUUGAACUCGGUCUACACAGUGACAAAGCUACGGGAUCAGGGGUACAAAAUAGGCAUCACCGAGUUCAUCACCGCGAAGAAUCUAGCCGAGGUGAUCGACCGAAUGACGGUCAGCACGACAGACGAGGCUUUCGAGAACGGGACUCUAAACGAGGAGGAGUUCAUCUACGAAAUGCUGAACGACUCUCAUAAGGCGGACGCGAUAGAGAUUAUCACGGAAAGCUUCUACAGUAAAGCAGACUUGGAGCAAUGGUUGAUGCCGGAAAUAUCCAGGGAGGACUAUCGGAUACUAAUGGAGAGAUUAUGGGAUCCGUUGGUGGAGAAAGACCUCAGUUUCGUAGUGAAAUCGUCGCGAGACGGGAGAGUAAUUGGGAUCGGGCUUAAUUUCGAUCUUUGGGACGAACCCGAGGUGAUACUCGACUCGAAACUGACGAUUGUCUUCGAUUUCUUGGAAUACCUCGAGGCGCCUAUCAGAGAACGAAAAUUGCCGAAAGGGAAAGGCCAGAUUAUACACAAUUUCAUGAUGGGUACCAGCAGCGAUCUGAAAGCGGCUGAAAACGUUAUUAUAAUGAGAGAGAUGGAGGAAUACUGUUUACGUCUAGCCAGGAGGAAAGAGUACGCCGGAAUUUUCACGACGAACACGAGCCCGCUAACGCAGCAACUCGGAAUAGACGUGUUUGGAUACGAAACGAUGACGACUUACCAAGUGAACAGGUACAGCGCCCCGGAUGGUACGAAGCCCUUUGGAAAAGCACCGGACACUCAACUGGCAAUUUGCUCGUUGAAAAUGAUCGCCUAACAUGGGUACCCUGCAAACAGACCGGAAACGAUUGCGUUAUUCCAAUUGCGAUGAUGCGACGCACGAAUUGUCGUAACAACAAAAUUGAAGCAUAUAACGGUGUAAACCCGUUAGGCGGAGAAAAUUAUACAAGCGUUAAUAAAUUGCAAUCGGAAAAACUGCUCGGUAUUUAUUAUGCAAAAUUACAUUGUGUGAUUGCCGUCGAUUUCGUUAGUAUUAUAUCGUAUCAAUGCUCUAACAAUAUUUAUAUGAAAUUACUAAAAACAACGAUUACGAAAAGUUGUAAAUACUCUUGUACAUAGAAAAAUUGUAAGUAUAUCUAUACCGCGAUGCAUGAUCACGUUCAUUUAGAUAAGAACAUACAAAACGACCAAUUAUACUGUUAAUCACUAUUGAAUACACGUAAUGUAAUAUAAAUAUUAGCGUUCGAAACACUUACAGGCGAUACGAUUAGAAAAUAAGUGCAAGAAUUGAUGGUUAUGUUAAUUGUCGAAUGUACGCGUCGUGUAUGUGAUUUUUAGAUGAUUUAAUAAAAAAUUAUUCGUGUA